AUGUCUAUUCGCAGGUUUUUUGCGAGUCUUCAUCUCUCCUCCAUGAGAGAGAAAGAGCAGAAAGAAGAGAGAGCUCAGAGCGAUGCCCACGAAGAAGUCUUGGAGGGUCUGGACGUGAUCUAUCGGCUCGUUGAGGAAGAUAGUCGCGUUUACCUUGAUACAACGUUUGCAAAUGCUCUGCACAUCAAAUGCGAGGAUUUGGUGCUUAAUGGUGACGGCAGCUAUUCAGCACCUGGUUACCCAUGCUUCUUCCAACCUUGGCCGCUAAGCCGAUUCAGAGCUCAUCCUAUCGUCCCAGAGCAUUCUCCAACUCAAGAAGAGAUCAGAGCGCAGGAUUCCUGUUGGGAGGGUGUGCCGAUACUCAAGGAGAGCUACUUGGACGAGGCUGAAUUCAUGGGCUCAGUAAUGGACUGGAACUUCAGAGGAUUUAGGCCACUAGCGGGAGAAAACGAGAGCACAAAACUAAUGUGGCUGACUAAUUGGAGACCAGCACAAUUUUCGAAUGCAGUCAUACAUGAUGUCUUCGAGGAAACAGUUUUCAAUUUGAUGAAGUGGACGCCUAUAGAUGCCUGGCAGGCUCCUAAAGGCCGACCGCAUGUUAUAUUCACAAUGGCACAUGGAUAUCAACGUGAUGAGAGACUUUUGCGUGGAGAGGUGAUGGUAUUCUCUUUCAUGGGUGGAAAGCAGGAAAGAAUUUUGCAAGCACAUUUCAACUACCAAGGACUUGUCAUUCGAAAGACCCAACUUUAUGAUUUUUCAACGGCGGAGAAGGCCAAACUACCCAUUGAACUCUUCUUACAGUAUAUGGCCAGUGACAUGGUCGAUGAUACCCAGCGGUUGAGUGUACUUUAA